CAGAGCAUGCAUGUAGCACCCGCGACAAGACUACAUCAUCUUGGAGCGGAAUAGCAAGCAUGCGGUAUCAUGUGCUCGGCAUCGGCUCAAUAGGAACCCUCGUCGCCCACCAUCUCCGACUCUCGCAGCCAUCAGCGCAGGUGACGCUCGUUGUGCGGAACGCGGAAAAGUUUGUCAAGCCGAGUCGAGCGACCGACGGGGAUAUCACUACUGGUCCGACACUGCACGUGGCGCAGAAUGGCGGCGACACGACCACGACGACGGGGUACGAGCUCGAUGUGUCCAACCCGGGCCGACUGCCUGCGCUCGCAGCCGCCGCGGCGGCAGGCAACGCGGCAACUGUGAAUGCCGGUGGGCCGAUCGACUCGCUGGUUGUGUGCACCAAGGCGCCUGCGACCUCUGCGGCGAUCGCGGGCCUGCGUUCGCGUAUCAGCCCGAGCACAGUUGUUGCGCUGCUGCAGAACGGAAUGGGCGUGUACGACGAGCUGUGCGCCAAGUUCUGGCCGGAGCCAUCAACAAGGCCGCAGAUUAUCCUCGGGACGACGACGCACGGCGUCACCCCCGCCACGCCGAGCCAGCACGGCUCGGUGCUCCACAUGUCACGUCCUGGCCAAGGGGCCAUCAAGUGGGGCGUUGUGCCAGAUCCCCGCGGCGAGGUCGACUUUGAGAACUGGCUGUGGGGCACGCACGUCGGCGACCUGCCGGCGCUGACACCGCCACCAUCCCCGCCCCUCCCGCUGCCCCAACCGCCGGCCGGCAUGGGGAUGACAAACUUGCACGCGACGCUCACGGCGCUGCUGUCCAUGUCGUCGUUGUCGCCCUCGCUCCUCCCAAUGCCGCACCUCUACAACGAGUUGCUUCUCAAGCUCGCUGUCAACGCGACGAUCAACCCCCUCACGGCAAUCCUCGGCGGAGGGUACCUGAGGAAUGGCGCGCUGCACCGUUCUUCGCCCGGUAACCGCCUCGUCCAGCAGUCGGUCAAGGAGACGAGCAAGAUCCUCACAGCGUACCUGCACAACCUGGCUGCCCCGCGCACCGCAGCCCCCGAAGCUGUGCGGCUCUUCUCCUACCCGAGCGUUCUGGACCGCGUCAACUCAGUGAUUUCGGCUACGCGCGACAACACGAGCUCGAUGGCUGGCGACGUCAAGAACGGCCAGAUGACUGAGAUUGACUAUAUCAACAAGUUUCUCGUGUCGCUCGGCACCCGGUUGAAUGUCCCAACGCCAGUGCACCAGAUGCUCACGCAGAUGGUCAAGUUCAAGGCCGAGGUCGGCGGGCUCAACAAGAACUUGUACCCGUCCGUGACUGGUGCUGUGCGGCGCGGCGAGGAGGGCGCCCUCGAGGAGCGUCGCUUGAGUCUGGAGGAGCGCCGUCUCGCGCUUGAAGAGCGCGCGGUGGCGCUGCGCGAGGCCAAGCGCGACGAGGAUAUUGCAGAGAAGCGAACGAGGCGAAAGUUGAGGAGACGGAUACGGGAAGACUCCGAGGCAGCUGCCACUCUCGGGUUGGUUACCGGCUCUGACUCUGGGUCGUCGCUUGGUUCGCCGUCGUCGUCUUCGGCGCGGUCUCAAGGGGAAGGGGGCGUUUCUGAACGGGUGUAACUGUUUCAUUAUGGCAGGCAUGGCGGCAUGGCAGGCACGGAUGUGCGGGGAGAGCAGAGUUGUGGUCGGGUUGACGACCAGAGCUAGCCAGGUAGCAUUUGGUAAUUUGUAUACUGCAUCGAGCAUUGCACCGAGCGAGCAUAUGCAC